AUGCGAAGAAACUAUGUUUGCGGUGACGUAUUGACUCUAGGACAAGUUGCAUCUUCCAAGUCCAACUUUGAUGAAAUGUCAUCCUACCAAAGAUUGCAAGGCCUAGACCUGAUGUUGGCCAGAAGAAAGACCAAGUGUUGCAUUCUAAUGCAUUGGGGGUGA